UUAAAAUAUUAAACAUCACUAAACUAUCGCAAACCACUAAACGCGUAAUGCAUUGACGUCAUCGAUAAAAAUACUGUCGGUUCAUAUAACACUCGCAUGGAAAACGUACCUUUGAGUUCGGGUGGUCAAGUCGAUUUUAGUUGAGUAGAACCUUGAGAGGCAUUGCAAUCGCACCGCACUCCGUAAACGCGUUCCGUGAAAAAUACUUGUGCAAGUUUUUCAAAAUAAAUCGUGAAUACGCAGUUUUAGCUUCUGUGUUUUUAAAUUGUGAGGAAUAAAUUAAAUCAGACAAAAUGUUCAGUGGAAUCGCAGGUAUGUACAAAAUGUAUAUGUAAACUUGUAAUUAAUUAAAAAUUGAAACGAAUUAACAGCCAAUAAAAUAUUUAUUUUUAUUCGGCUAAAGCCUUUUUGGAAAUACUUAUCUACAAUUUUAAAUACAAAAAUUGCAACUGUAGAUUGGUCACUAUUUUUAACCGACUUCAUUUAUUCAAAAUUAGCACAUUUUGUUUUUCACUGUAGAUUAUAGAGAUGCAUAUGCAUGUACCUGUUAUAAAUUAUUCUAUUUUAAUUAAGUAACGAGUAACUAGUAUCAGAUGUUAUCGGUAUAGGUAAGUACGAAAAAUGAAAACAUUUUUAACAUCUUGCCGUAGUGUCCUUGAAGUAGGUAGAUGUAAUUAAACAUUUAAAUUGUAGAACAUACCCAUCGUAUGCUAGUUCAGCAUGUACAUGAACAUUAGAUUAAAUUAUACCUACAUACAAUUUACAAUUACCUAAUUAUUUCAUAUAAAUAAUUUUGCACACACCAUUUCAGAAUUUAAUCGUAAUAUAUACGACUAAUUAUCAACUAUUAAUGUAAUAGAAACAACAUCAAUUGAAUUGAACGAAGGAAAACAUUCCUGAUAUUUUAAUAACACAGCAAACCCAGGUGCAAUAAGUAUGUACCUAAUUUUACCUAACUAACAUGGUUACACUUUUUCAUUAAAUUUCAAGACGAUUUUCCUAUUAUAAACAGACUCCACUGCUCCUAGGUGGGUAUUGUUAAUAUAGUAGACUCAUCUACUACUAGUUGAGAGUUGGUGGGUCCAUAUUUUAUUACUUUGUGUCCAUUACGUAAUUCUUCUUGAAAUACUAAAACAAAAAUGGGAUUGUUAGAUCACCAGGAAAAUCAUUCUGGAGGACAUGUAGGGAGAUGCGUCCAAAAGAAAAUAAUUAGACGCAAAAUCUUAUAAACAACAAAUUUCCGGUAAUUUAGAUAUCUCUGCAACGAAAGUCCGCAAUCCGCAGUAGUUAGAUUCCGGAUAACAUUAACUUUUGUUGCCUCUUGAACGGCUUCACGAAAAAUCAGAAGAAUAAUUCGUAAUUAUUAUCGGAUCGGGAGUAGGAUGGGAGUAUCUUUAUCUCUCAAGACUAUCGAUUUAUAAUUCAGUUCAUAAAAGUUGAUAAAACAGGCUUUCCUUUUUAUUUCCGAGAUUAUUCAGCGGAUAUGUUUACUUUAGUCUUCGAUGUUAUCAUCGUACUUUUUUAAAUUCUAGCGAAUAGACUAGCAUUUUGAUAACAUUUUCUACAAAAAGGCUUUCCUGAUGAAUUGCGCAAUAGAGGGAUCCUCCUUUGUUUUGGACUUUGACGCUUCACUGGGUUCGAAUCCUUUCUUUGUUUGAAAUAUUAAGACGUAAUAACAGUGCGGUACCUUAAACUUGGAAUAAUCUACUGGCAUAUAGCACCUAGGAAGUACUACCGUUUUACUAAAUAAUGGCUAUUACUUCUUGUUGUUCUUUUUCUUUGUGGGUAUUUUAUUCAAUUUAGUCAAGGUCGGGGUCGAGAUUAGGAUUAACAAUGUCAUUCUGAAUCCUCUGAAUAUCAGUACAAUAUACGACUUAAUCCUUUAUCCAUGGAACAAAAACUUCAAACAGGAAUUAUGAUCAAACUUGGCCUCUUGCCUGCCUCUUCAUCAUCUUGAUUGUGCACACACCAAUGAUUUACUUUCUAUAUUCGUCUCACAACGAGAACACAUCUUCAUGAAUCAUACCAUACCUACCUAAACGUAAAGAAUCAGGAUUAAUGCUUCCUUAAUGGAUUCCUAUUGAGUCAUUAUGUGGCAACUGGUAGACUGAUGUCAUUGUUAGCUUCAAGCAAUUCUAAUUGUAGCGAACUAAUACAUUAUCUUGCACGUUAUUCCCAGUAGACUGGGGUACUCACACCUUUACCAAUAAUUUAGGAAUAUUUAUACCAAUCUAAUAUUGAUGACAGAAUAAGCUCCAUUCUCGAUAAUUUUAAACCUAAAAACCUACAACAUAGCCACUUAGCGACCGCACAAUUCGCACAGUUAGAAAGUUUAUUGAAAAAGAAACUGGGUGCGUUUAGUGCACUUAUGACGAUAGUAUAGCGCCAUUAGAGAUACAAGUCUACAAGACUCCAAAUGGAAAAGUUAGUAGGUCAAUACAGUCCCCCGCAUCGCAAGGUUACUGCACUGAAAAUAUGUCGCACGCCGCGCCGCGCCACCGUUUAGUGUCUAGUGGAUAGACUGGACACGGGACAAGUUAAUUAUUAUAUUAAUUUUCGUUAUUAGGUUGACAAGGUGUGUAUCCAGACAUAUUCAUUUAAUGAACUGUCGAAAAAAUAAUUGUUGUAACUUAGAACGCAACAUAGGUAAUUAUCAUUGAAAAGUGUCCUAGUUCUCCUACCUACUCAUAAUGCACAACACAAAGCAAAAGAUGAAGGUGCCAUCAUCGGAUGUACGCAUUUUGUGUAGGUGUUUAUAACUCAUACGAAAGAGGAAAUUAGAAUUUGCGGAAUUCCUUGUCGAAUUUCGUUUCGCACGUGAAAGAAGUAAAUCUAAAAAUACUAAUAACGAUCGUUCGUAGACCUCUAAAGAUCUAUUUUUAACCUGUAACAGAACUAACGGACAUGGUAGGUAUUGAUACAGAUAACACAGAAAGUGAUUAACAGCUGUUGUCUGUCAUAGUUGGGAUGCGUGACACGGUCGUGUCCACGAUAACACGUAACUAGUGUGAGGAUCAUGACCUGGGGACCCGCUGCAUGGUCACGCUCCGGUUGCACGGGUGCCGGGAUGAAUCACUAGUUAUUCUCGUAAAUCAGUUAUUGUUGACGUGAAAACGUUUUGUUCUCAGUGGCCUUGGCGAGGGUGUGAUCUCAGUUGACUACUAAAAUGUCUGGCCCUUUGUGUCUAUAAUGAUAAAAACUCGGUCGCUUUUUGUUUUAAGAGACCUUGUCAACUGCGGUAGGUUCCAGCUUCCAACUAAUGUAUCAAAGUCCACAAUGAUGUAAAUUGUUGUGGUUUAAAUUAUAGGAAGAUAUACGAAUUUAAAUGAUGAAUAUUCAAUCAGUAAUAGAUAAUAUUAGAGUAGCGUGUGUGUGAGACGCAAAUCAAAUACUUAAUUAACUUGAAAAUCAUACAUAAUGUUGGUAAGACGCAAAAUCCAAAGUUAUGUGAAGUAAUAUGGAACUACGCAGCGAGCACGCGUCGCCCGUUCCUUACACAAAGUUGUUAAUGGCGAUGGCGAUUUAAAUAAUUUAUCGCCACAAGUCACGUUCUCAUUUGGUAUUCGCGCCAAAACUAUAAACCUAGUGGUGCUAAGCUGGUGCUGCACUUAAUAGCGAAAAAAUAUUACCUAAUACUACGUGACCUAUCACACCUCUAUUGUUAAUGGGUAUCUCAUUCAUUCACCAUUCAUUCAUCUAUUCGUUCCGACUUCCGCGUGCAAUUAUAGACAAAUCUGUUGUUUUUAUUUAUGAUUAUCGUGUCCUUGCUAAAAAUAUUGUUAUUUUAAAUCAGAAAAUCAAUGUUACACGCAGCUUAAACAUGGCAUCAGAGUGUUCAUCAUAAAAUAAACCUGCUAAAAUAAUGUGGACUACAUUUAAUAUUGAUCUGGAAAAGAGCGGCAUUGCAGAGUAUUCAGACAUGAUGGCGACGUGCCUUUAAAACACUGCAUCUGCAGUAAUCUGCAAUGCGCCACUCUAUACUAAAAUCUGUGUCUAAUUCGACAAAGACUAGAUAAAAGCGACAUUAAAAAAAUCACUAGUAUUAGCUUUAUCCAUAUCUCAGUUACUCAGUUGUGUAGAAAUAAUUCCCUAUAGUUUUAUAGUUACAAUGAAGCACUAAUGAGAGAAGCCAGCUAAUAUGAUUGGUAUGAACAAAGUCUAGUCAACAAGACGCGGAUUGACCGAGGGCAUGUGCACCGAGGGAAUACGUGAGGCUGAUAAAGUAUCGAUACACCGUUAAUAAAUGAAUAUAGGCUCAUCUAGACUUUGGAUUCUGGUUUACGUAUUAACACGGAUUUAUUACGUUGUUUGUAGACUACACCUAAUAUACAUACGUACUUAGUCUAUCUAGUCCUAAAAAAUCUGGAAAUGUGGUAUCACAUUUUUGGGGAUACACAUUUUCAAAUUUGUUUUGGGAUGGCCCAUACAAAAUACUAAAAUUCAGUCGAAUCUGAUUAAGACCCAGUGGCGACCUUAACCUUAACCCAAUUCUAAAUGGCCAGGGAUAAAAUAACCAGUCUACUUUUAAAAAUGUGGUAUCUAUUACGUAUUUAUGCUCUCUAUAUUCUCGUGUAAGAGUACCUACGCUCUGAAAUAUGAUUUCAGGGUCAGUUGGAAUCGAAGCAGUUAUUAAAUAAAUUAUGAUUCAUUCGCGCGAACUGUGGAAUGGUUCGGUAGGAAUGUGCUUUGUUUACGUGCCAGAUACUAUGACUGUUUGAUAUCGAAGUUAAUUUCAUUUGUUAGUAAAUUGCUGUUUUGGGUUCGUUGAAAAUUAUAUUCUGAGUUUUGGGUUGUUUCUGUUCAGUAUCCAGCUUGCAAUUUCCAAGAAUUCGAUGAUGUUAGAAGUCAAGGUUAAUAGUGCUAGUUGGUGCCAAUAAAAAUACUGAGCUGUCUUGUGAUUCUUCGUAGAAAUUGAGUUGGUAAGAAAUGUAAUUGGUUGUCCCUUACCUAUUUACAGGUGUGAUUUGAUUAGCCAGUCGGGCCAAACUAUUUAGGAAACAUACUAAUGGCAAAUAUGAGGUAUGAUUCAAAUGUUUCAAUAAAACGGGAAACAUGAAUUUCAAAUUGGAACCUGUAAAUCGUAAAUAGUUGCGUACUCUUACGUACUGACCAUUCUAUAGAGGUUCGCUCCAAACAGUUAUACGGAAGAAUUUCCUAGUUACCUAUACCUUGGCCUAUCUAGCCUUAAAUCUCAUGUAAUAUCCUAGAGCCGCUCUUGUAACCAGUCUGGACUAACGAGCUGUUUAGACAAAGAUCGGUAUUUUAACCGUAGAAUAGUUUUGUAUCGGAAUGGAAUGGAACCCUCAAAGAGUUGUUAAAUGUGUCUGUUUUGUGGAAAAUAUGUAUUAUAAAUGUAUGUAUCUUAAUUGUGCAAGAAUUUCAAUGUCACAUGUCUACAAUAUGUCCAAGUUUCAAAGUGCAAAGCGAUGAUAUCAGAGCACAAUUACGACGUAGGAAAUAUUAGUCAUUGAUGAAGAAACUUUUACUAAUCCUUGUAUUACACUCGGUAUAUUAGAAAUACAAUAGUACAUUACAAAAUAUAGAAAAAAAAUGAAAUUAAAUUAUAGUGAUUUAAAGCGUAUGCAUUCAACAGUCAAAGUUCAAAGAACGCAGUCAACGUAGGCAGUAGUAUGAAUUAUUUCUCAGUGAGUAGGUGUCGCACAACACAGUGCCACUCUCGCGCAGCUCAAUUGUAGUAAUCGGUUGCUUGUGACUCUUUCCCUGUGAUGAGCUGGGUCGCCAUUGGUCGAUUCGUCGACACAAUCUGAAUCACAACUGGAUAAAAUUACGCUCGAUCUCAGCAACCUACGAGUAAUUUGCUCAAUUUAGAGGAGGCGGAAUUAAAGUGACAUAAGUUGCUAAAUAAAUUAGUUGCUGUGUGAGUUCUUGAGUGAGACGUAUGAUGUUUUGAUUCAAGUUUUUGAACACACCAAAAUUGGUAAAGAACUUGUUUUAGGCCUUGAGACUUGACCAGUUGAUUGUCAUUGUUCGUGAAACCUUUGCCUCGUAGUUAUUACUGCUAUUUUCAAACCAAACUGACUUAAUUAUAACAUUUUGGAAUAUUUGUAAAGCCCUCAAAAUUCGCAUGGUGAUAAUAGAUUUAUUUUAACUUUUUAAGCCCAAAGCCAUUGACUGAUUAGAUAAAUAAAGCUUAUCAAAUAAACCCGUAUUGUGUAACCGAUACGAUUUCAAAUUUAUUAGAUGCGAUUAUUAAUGUCUGGUUUUCAAAUCGGAGAUUUGUGGUCAAGAAGAGACUACAUUAAAUUAAAAUAACUCACAUUUUAGGAAUUUGUGAUAAACGCGUUGUAGAAACGCCAAAAUUGAAAACAAUAGUUUUGUAGUAGGUUAUUUAAAAUUCCUAAAUUAGAUUUAGUUUGGAGAUCUGAGGUUCUAAUGCGCAAAACCUCACACAAAGCAUUUCUUCCAGGAGCAACGACGCACAUCGUAUCCACCCAUCUUAUUUAUUUAAGCCGAAGUGCGGGAGCUACAUUUUCACGAUAUCCGUGACCUCGCAUUCAGUUGUAAGGGAAUAGCGUUCUUUUAUCCUCCCCCUGAGGGUUUCUUCUUGUUUGAAUAUCAAUUCCGCCUUGUAGCAACAAAGGGCUAAAUGUAGAUCUCACAAAUUACGCACUUUUGCGUAUGUAAACUGUGUGGAGUGUUUUGCAACUAUCAAAAUUCGAAGCUGUGUAAAAUUAGAGCUACGUUAAACAAUUCUCAAUGGUGUGUUUAUUGAUCUAAAUGAAAGAAACAUCUAGGAAGCCGUUUUAAAGAAAUUAACAUUACAUCAUUUUUAAGCUGAUAUUCCUGUUCCAACAGUUGUACUCAUAUUGUACUAAACGCACUGAUGGACCCGCCCACGACACCCGCAGACGGUAAUACUCUACAUGUAUUUAAUCGCCUUUUAUUAGCUAAAUUAAUUAAUUCGAAAAUCCAAAUAGAAUAAUCGAGAAACGUGUUCUUUGUUCGAGAUAUUUUGAUUUUUUGCUUAAUAAAGAUCAAGGUGCUACACGAGGUAACUGACAGUGCCGGGUGGGUCAAGACCGUUCAAAAUCACGUAACUAAUCAUAUUUAGCUGUGAUAAUAUAGGUUUCGUCUACGUAGCACAUUCCUGCAUAAAUAUCAAGAACCUGUUGGUAUUCCGUCGCCUCUCAUCGCUGAACUAGAUAACGAUACUCUGCCUUUAUCAAGUAAUAGGUCACAGUUCAAAUAUCGUUGAAUAUGCAACAGCUCUCCCGGUAAACAAUGUCAACAAAUAAAAUUCAUUCGUUGUUACGAGCAACGAAAACAAAUCUCGCCGGUUGCACGAUGACAUCAUCAAGGUCAGCCAGUACCGGGGCCCGCCAUUAUAUUAAUAUCCGAGGCUCCUCGCGCCUCUCUUCCUAACAUAUAGCAACAUAUACACGAGUAAAGAGGACAGAUAUAUAACAAAAUGGUUCUUACGCAAGCUGCGCAGGAAUUCUUUCUUGGCGUUUGCAGUAAUUAAGCCUUUGGGCAUCAACAGGAAUGGCCGGUACGGAAUAACUUAAAAACAAAAUUAUAAAGGAUAAUAAAAAAAAUAAUGAAGUGAACCACAUUACCUGUGGUAAAUCGAUUAACUUCGUGGCAAUUUUUUUGUAUAACAUACUCAGAUAUUUGGCCUGAGGUACCUAACGUAGAGUACAACUACUUAAAAACUAGGUGCUAGGUGAAAUCAAUAUUAGUUUAAACUACAAAAACGUUACCGACUUGAAUGUGACCAUUCCAAAACACUGUGAUGUCAUAAUUUCCAUUACAAAUCCUAAUAAAACAUAAAUGCAACGACUUAUCUGAAUGUAAAUAGAAACACGUUUUUCUACUUUGAUUGCUCAUUAGAGGCACCUAGAAUUGUCUAUCCGUAGCAGACAAUAGCCAUCAAUUGCUAAGUUCAUGAAUCAUUAAAAUCCUAUUAUAAGUAUUAAUAGAAAUAAUACUUUAAUCUUAUUCCUAUCUCGGCACGUAAUACAAGACAUCACAUAAAAAUAGUGAUGUGACACUUUGAAUGAAUGACAGAACUGUAUCAUUCGUUCUUUUGGUCGAAAUAAACGAUAUCAUUUCAUAAUAUUUGGAUUAGUACCGGAUAUUUUUUCUAUUGAAUUUUUGGAUUAAAAUUGGUUAAAACGACAGUUAUUCGAUAUCACCAUUGAUACUAUUAAUCACAUGGAUACUUCUCAGGUGUAAAAUUAUCCUUUGUUUCUCAAGUGACCUUGCGGUCGAUCUGUGGCCGACAGUACACAAUACUUACAACAGAAUGUCCAAGUUAUAAUUAUUUAGUACAAUGACCGGUCGUUUACUAAUUAACACAGAUUGAGGUGUUAUAUUUUAGCUCCAUUUUAAUAGGUUAUCGCAUUGUAUCGUUAUGAAAUAAAUGUGAUAAUAGGUAUGUAUUUACAAAUCAGAACAAAUCUAUUGAGUUUAUCUAUCAGUUUUACAAUUUUAGUCAGUGGGUAGUACUAGUAUUGACUGCACGGUUGGCGCUGUGGCUAGACAACUGGCUGAUGCGCAACGUGUCGCGGGUUCGAUUCCCGCACGGAACAAUUCUUUGUGUGAUUUACAGAUUUUUGUUCCGGGUCUGGGUGUCAUGUGUAAGUGAAUUUGUAUGUUUGUAAACGCACCCACGACACAGGAGAAAAUCCUAGUGUGGGGGCAACGUUUGUUAAAAAACAAAGAAAACAAAGUAUAAUUAAAAAUAUAUAAAUAAAUAAUAUAUAGUUUUAUUGUCUGUGUCAUUAAAGACCUAAACGGGCACAUGUCUAAACUAGAUUAAGCUUGAAUCUAGAUUUCCGCUAAAAGAAGUUUAUAGCAGCGAAUGGACGUCUAAAUAUAAUUUCAAGUUAUAAUUUCCGAGAAUUCUCAAUCUCAUAAUGACAUCACAGACAGUAGAUGGAUGUGAUGUCACGUUGCUUGAGACCGGAUAUUUAUCUCAAUUGGUUACGAGCUUGUAUCAGCUAAAGAAUCUGUAAUUCAUGCCUACAUAGUCUGCGAUAAUGACAGCUAAAUUAGAUAGGACUCGCUCCAGGGAUUUCUGGAAUUUAUGUUUAAAUCUAUCUAAGAGCCUCGUAAUGGCGUACGGCGCCUUAAUUGUUAUGAAAAUGCAAUUUUUUAUUUAUUAUUAUUACAGCGUUUUAUGUUUUGGAGUAAUUCUAUACUAUUUAUAAAACGCGAAGCAAUGUUUAGUUUACAGCGAUAACAUCUGAAUACCGUCAUAAAAGUACAAAAACAUGUGACAUUUAGUAUUUUAAACGUGGAACCUAUAAACGUGGGCGCGCUGUGUCCUAGGUCACCAAUGGUGCCGCAGUGCUCAUAAAACCAGUCUAGCGCAGACCGAUCGAUACCUGGAUCUAGAAUUUCAGGGCUUGCGAGGCCGAGACCUAGACUAGCAGGCGGCUAAUAAUAUUUAUUGUUUAGUUCUAGGAAAUUGAUACAGUUGUCGCGAUGGUGAACUUUUUUGCGGACUGCACGUGUAACAUUAUUUAUUCCGUCCAUAUGAUGUAUUCCCAACCAAUGGUCCGUAGAAUCAAUUACUGGUGUAGGCCAUUCGCUCGAAGCAAUAUGUUAUCGAUCGCAGCGUCAUCCUUGCGCUGUUAUUGCUCCAGAUCGAAUAGAAGUUUUAUGAGACUUUCAGACACAUAUAACUUUCAGUUUGAUUAUCUUAUGUAACUUUGGAAUGUUAUAUACGCAUAAAAUAUAAAGUGUCUAUAAAAUUGUUUGUUUCGUCUUUGUUCUACAUAAGCUGAACUUUUAUAUCAAGUACUCGAUCAGUGAUAAUAGCGUUAGUGUGCCAGUAGGUAUUUCAGUCAGUGUGUUAAGAAUUUCACACGACCUCUUAUCUCAUAGGAUAUUUUUAAUCUCUGUAAACGUAGGAAACGGCCGCGAACGACCGUUUCGCGUCAUCGCGGUAUAAUAAAUUUUAUUUUUUCGGCUUUUCAUUUCAGUGAGUGUUCGAAACUUAAAGUAUGUUAUACAGUAGCACUUGCAAAAAAUACAAUGUUGUAUCUUCAAUUGUGGCCGGUACUUUGCUAUAUUAUUACCACUUGAGAGCUAUUUGGCCCAUCAAUCAGUACGAGUUACGAAAGAGCCGGGAAGGCGAGCGUGCGAUGAUCCCGAGUUGACCGACUCGCCACGCACUACUCUAUUUUCGUUCGGUCAAUCGGUCGGGACAUCGACUCUCAGUAUCGAUUGACUUCGAUUUAUCAGUAUGACGAGAGACGAGAAAUGUCCUCCACAAUUAUAUCAUUAGGUACCUAUUAUACCUAACUACCUAUAUGCAAUUAUACUAACACAUGCAACUGUUCCAAAUUAAAAGGAACAGGAAAACUUUAACUUUUACUCUAUUGAAUUUUGUUAAUUUCCAUCUGUCUAGAUUUACCUUUACUUUAGAUACGGACACCAACUCACACUUUAAUCUGUUAAUCUGCAUUAGUUUUAUCUUAGAAAUUAGAAGCCGUAAACAUAAUCAUCAUUCUUGUACUCACCUUGAGAUUGUUUUGUAUCAUAUUGAACUUCGUACCAUAGAAAUUUUAAACAUUAGUAGAUAAAAUUACAUUAUUUGUAGGUAAAACCUAAGUAUUGUAGAUGCACGUAUUCAAAUAAUGUCUGGUCACCACACUAUCACUCUGUCCUGUUCUUUUAACGUUAAAUAUCAAAUAACAGGUAUUUUUGAGUAACCUAAUACAUAUCACAGUUCACGUCACCAUUAAAGCUAGACGUAGCAGUAAAGAGCAUGGAUUUAGUUAAUUUUCAUUAUGAAAAUACCUAAUCAUUCAAACAAUUUUGUAAAAAUAUGAAUAAUUUUUAAAUGUAUUUCCACGCUUUCCGAUAGACAAGAACCUUGGUGAGUUCUUUUAUUUUGUAUUAUGAACUUUUUCUUACUUUUUCACAUUUAUUGUGUGUACCUUUGAACAUUGUAAAGAUAUGUCAAAUAUUUGCCACUGCAAUAGUUAUUACUAUCUAUUAUAAUAAUUACUUGUCAUAUUACUAGCGUUAGGUUGUAAAAACCUAAAGAAUUAACAUGUUAUUUAAGUUAUGACACAAGAUUAUCAUGAUGGAUGUUCUAUAACCUUCCAAUGUUUACAAAAGUAGCUAAACAUUGGCAGGAAAUAAUGUUCAUAGCAAACCCACGUACCCCAUGAAUAUGUCGACCGCCGUGGGUGUUACCAGGGUAAAUAAUUUGUACCUUUACGAAGUGAGAAUUAUUUCUGAAUUAACUGGUUAUGUUAACCGGUGUUCGCAAAACAUGUUCAGUUAUAGGCACGUAACUGGUGACUUCACAGUCCACGCAAAGGCUGGAUAAGCUUACCUUGACCGAACUAGUUCUGCUAUGAAAAUCAAUAAAAAGGCGGCACUCCGUGUCGAGCGAACCAUAUGAAAUAUUGUUCUUUUUGUUGAUGUGAAUUCGAUAAAAUUUGUCUAAUAUCACAAAUUAAGGUUUUGAAUAGAUAUUAUUUUAUUCUUUAGGUACUAUAAUAAUAAUUAGAGUAAGGGAUAGAUAUUCUAUCGUUCGAUGCUUUCUGUUUUUAUGUGUAGUUUUACUAAUUUGUGAUAUCUAAGAAAACGUACUUAUGCAAGAAUCGAUACGGUUAUAAUAUAAAUACUGAAACCAAAACAAAUAGGUACCUACCUAAUGUAAAUGAUUCUCAGUAUAUGUAGGUAUAUGUAUUAGUGAGGUCUCUUGAUCGUUAAAGUUUAUGGCCCAUCGAAAUUUCAUUACAAUAUAUUUACUAUCACUAAGCCAAGUUGAUAAACACAUAAUUUACGAGGAAGCUGUAACUUGUGUUUCUCGAAAUGACCGUAAAACAGCUGGGUAGGAACAAAUUGUUUAACCGUAAAAAUGAAACAUGUUUACGGAAAUCGCGUAAAUAGUUAGCAUACAAAUUAAUAAUAUUAGAUAAAAAUAUUAGUGCCAUAAAUAAAAAUAGAUAUACUAAAAAUUAAAAAAUAUAAACAAUUUAUUUAUUUUUUUAUAAGAACCGCGAUUAGAUAUAGUGAUGUGCCAAUAUUAAUCGACUAAAAUUCCAGGGGCGUUCCGAAGCAUCGGAGAGAAGACUGCUUCCCUUUUCGACCGUAAGAAAAAGGAUGCCGAGCAAGCUGCUGUCGAGAAGGCACAGGAGGUCGCUCAUGUUGUAGAAGAUCAGGUCAAGAAGGCCGGUGAGAUCAUCGGUGGAGCUCAGCAGACCGCCACCAACGCUGCAGGCACAGGUACCAAUUUAACAUUAUUAAUUUUGAAAAGGGGCAACAAAGUUAGUUUCAUAUAGACCUUGGUCUUUAUGCAAUGGCAGAAAAGAAAAGCUUUAAAUAUUGUUCCUAAUCUAUUUUUCGUUUGACGUGUAUAUAUUCAGAUGUAUACAUAAUUUUAUUAUCACGGCGUUCAUCCGGAGCGCCGCUUUAUGAAACUUGAAAUAUCAUUCUCUGACAAAUCAUAAUAAUAAUAUCAAUAACCUGGCAACACUACAAACGUCAACUUGUGAAAAUUUUACUCUGUUUUUAUAUAAAUAAUUUAUAUAUAUUCCAUUCUGUUUUCGUUUCUUCUAAUAUUUAUCAACAAUAGAAAAACCUUUUUGUUUUAUAAUAAUACGCCAUAAUUUUACAAUACUGCAAACUAAGAAGAAAAUAUUAAAAAUGAAAAUGACAAUGACAGAAUCAAUAACUUCAAAAAUAAAUACUAAAGCAAAACGAUUAACAAUGUUGACGAGAGCCAGAAGCAAACAAGGCGCACCCCCACCACCUCCGGACUCGUCGCUCAGCUCCGCCUCGCCAUCGCCGGAACCCCGCUCCGCUGGAACGCCGGUGACUGCAGUUGCGUCGAGCUCGAGCGACGACUAUUUCUCCCCACCUACGUCGCCACCACCUGUACGUCGGCCGGGGAGAGGCCGGCCACCGACUGGCUUGGGAACCAGGGGCCAUCAGGCCCUGGGACGGGUCCCCGCUACCGGUGGUUGUGUGCGGCGCAUGAAAUGGACUCAAAGUAUAAACGAGAACGUCAUGCGCGCAUACUACGGUGCUACAGAGGGAGGAACUAACCUCACGGCGUACCGUGAAAGGAUGCUGUCUAUGUUUCAGGUGCUUGAACCAUCUGUCAACGUCUCGGCCCAACGACUCUCGGAUCAAGUGCGGGUCAUCCAACGUAAUUGCAGAUUGGAUGAGACUACGCUUGAUCGGCUACGCCUUGAAGCACUGCGCAACCGUGUCGUCCCCGCACCACCACAAUUGGUGGCACAGACACCUGUAGUGUCACAAUGUGUGACAUUGACCACUCCUAUCGUUGGAGUGGAGGACGACAGGGUUGAACAAGUGAGUACUCAGUGCAAUGAACGUCUGAGGAGUGCUUUGGAGGAUGCGGUUCGUGAGUACAGACUUGCUCCUAGUAAUUUAAGACCAAAGUUACCACGUUUGCCCAUGUGUAGAAAAAAUAGGGCGCUGGUGAGCGCCUUGGAUUCGCUACUUAAAAAUAUUUUGAGAGUAGCGAAAACCUCUAUGAUACACACUCAAUCUUGUACUGUGGGGCAGUUGCUGCUUGUCGAGUGGCUAACGUCAGAUUCCCAAAUCUUGACGCAGCAGUCCGACCAAAACCAGCAGUACCUGCCUGGCAGUGCAGGAUAGAGCGUCGUAUCAGUGAGGCCAGGGUACUCAUUGGCAAACUAUCCUGCUUCAGGGAGGGCAAUACUCGCCCUAGAGUGAUGCGCUUUGUAAGACGUGCAUUUGUGGGGACUGAAAUCAGUCCUCAUGAAUACUUAUCACGUGUUACAGAACGCAUCGACUUCCUGAAGCAGAAAGUUUAUGCAUGGGCAAACCGUAUCAGAAGGUACAAAAAAAGAGUGGAGCGCUAUACUCAGAAUCGCAUGUUCCAAAGAGAUCAGAGGUGGGUAUACAGAGAUUGGGAACGAUCCAACCAAGAUGUGGCUGACGGGAGGCGACCGGAUGAUGAUGCCACUAACACAUUUUGGCGCAACAUCUGGUCGGUGCCUGUCAGCCACACAGAAGGUGACUGGAUGUUUGAUGUUAAGCGAAGGUGUGAGACUAUACCAGAGAUGGAGGAGGUAGUAAUCACCUCCUCUGAUGUAGCCAGUGCAGCCUGUUCGGUCCCGAAUUGGAAAUCACCGGGGCCGGACGGACUGCACAAUUUCUGGAUUAAAUGGCUCAAGAGUUCACACGUUCGCUUAGCAUUACACUUCCAGGCAGCUUUGGAAACUGGGUCGUUACCACAAUUUCUAACAACAGGAGUUACCCACUUGCUCCAUAAAUCAGGUAGUUCCACUGAGCCCAAAAAUUAUAGACCAAUCACAUGUCUACCAACGGUCUAUAAACUUCUUACAUCCAUUUUGAGGACAAAAAUAACAAAACAUAUUAAAAAAAAUUCCAUCAUGUCGGUAUCUCAAAAUGGAUGUAGGGAGGGGUCUCGUGGAACUAAGGAGCUACUCCUCAUUGAUAUGGUUGUUAGCCAACAGGUUCGUCGGUCCCGAAAAGAUUUGUCUACAUGCUGGAUAGACUAUAAAAAAGCAUAUGAUUCUGUGCCACAUACAUGGCUCCUGAAGGUGCUGGAGUUGUAUAAAAUACAUGCAAGUUUACGCGCCUUCUUGGAGUCAUGUAUGAGGCAGUGGAGCACCGUGCUUUGCUAUCCGGGAUGUAGACAAAUCCAAGGGAAUGAAGAACCUGUAAGGAUAGUACGAGGAAUAUUCCAGGGUGACAGCCUGAGCCCACUAUGGUUCUGCUUGGCCUUGAAUCCUCUAAGUACUCUACUGGAGGAUUCAGGGCUAGGCUAUCCUUUGCGGAGAAGGGGUCUAGUUAUAUCCCACUUACUUUACAUGGAUGACCUCAAGUUGUUUGCUCCAAACAAGAAACAACUGAUGGAACUACUGAAUAUAACUGAAAAAUUUAGUAGUUCCAUCAGAAUGGAGUUUGGAGUAGACAAGUGUGCGGUCAUGCAUGUAAAGCGAGGAGGGAUUGUGGAAUCUGAGGGACUAGAACUCUCAGAUUUCACAAAACUGAGAUCACUCUCCGCAAACGAUACAUACAAGUACCUGGGUAUGUCAGAAGGAUUAGGCAUUAAUGGACCGGACAUGAAGCAAUCGCUACAGGAGCGCUUCUUUGGCCGCCUGAAUAAGGUACUAAAAAGUUCCUUAUCAGGCGGAAACAAGGUGCGAGCCUUUAACGGUUGGGUCAUGCCAGUCCUAAUGUAUUCUUUUGGUAUACUCAAGUGGACACAGACUGAACUUGACACCCUGGAUAGACGAGUCCGGACCCUGCUGACUGCAAAUCGCAUGCAUCACCCUCGUUCGUCGGUCAUGAGGUUGUACAUCCCGCGGAAGUGUGGUGGUCGAGGCUUAUUAAAUGCUAAGACCCUUCACAACCGUGAGGUGUGCAGCCUCAGGGAAUAUUUCCUGAAAGUCAACGAGGGUAUGCAUCGAGAAGUAGCAGCGGUGGACAAUGGAUUCACUCCGCUAUCCUUGGCAAAAGAGAACUGGCGCAAACCUGUGGUACUGAGCGUCAAUGAUCGCAAGGAGGUAUGGCAUAGCAAGGAGCUCCACGGACGCUUCUUCCGGGCCCUUCAUGGGCCCAGUGUAGAUUUUCUAGCGUCCGUAUCUUGGCUACGAUUCAGUAAUCUCUUUGGAGAAACUGAAGGAUUUGUCUGUGCAAUUAUGGACGAAGUUAUCCUUACGAAUAACUACCGGAAAUAUAUAAUUAAGGAUGGGACGGUUGACAUAUGUCGGGCAUGUCAUAGUCCUGGUGAAUCCAUUAGACAUAUUAUUUCUGGUUGUGGUCGUUUGGCUAACAGUGAAUAUUUGCAUAGGCAUAAUCAAGUAGCCAAGAUUAUCCAUCAGCAACUUGCUUUGCACUAUCGACUUGUUGAGUCUGAGGUACCGUACUACAAGUAUGUGCCCGACCCAGUUCUGGAAAAUGACCAUAUCACGUUGUACUGGGACCGGUCUAUCAUCACUGACAGGACUAUUAUAGCCAACAAACCUGAUAUAGUGGUGAUAGACCGACAAGUGCGCCGCACGAUGAUAAUCGAUAUCACUAUUCCUCAUGAUGAGAACCUCGUGAAAGCUGAAAAAGAUAAACAAAUCAAAUAUCUUGAUUUGGCUCACGAGGUUGUCGACAUGUGGAAUGUAGAUUCGGCUAUCAUUGUGCCGAUAGUCGUGUCGGCCAAUGGGUUAAUCCCUAAUAGCCUCGACAACCACCUUAGGAGGCUAGCGUUAGGCAGUUGGGUCAAGGGCCUGAUACAGAAGGCAGUUCUCCUUGAAACGGCACGUAUCGUGAGGAGGUUUCUGUCUCUGGAGCCCUAACCACCGGUAGCUUGGACCAUGCUCCCGCUACUGGUCGGCUCCUAUUUUUUAUAUUUUUAAAUAUUAUUUUUAUCUUUGUAAGUAGUAUUUAAAAAUGUAUUUUAUAGAGAAUUUAAAAUAAAUAUAUGGAUAUCAAUAAAGUCAAAGACGAGAAAACAGGUUGAUUCAUUUACAAGUGUAGGGUUUAUUAAGUAUAAAUGAAGAUGGUAAUUGGGAUUGCAAACAUAUUUUAGGCGAUUACACGCUCAAACUAAUAUCAGUUCUUAAAGUUAUAGCGUCUCUUCAUUGCAUAUUAAGUGUGACUAGACUGCAUUAUUAUUCACAUGCUAAAUAAUUUGAUGACAUUUUCCUUUCGCUGCUUUUGAAUCACGAAAUCUUAAAAUGUAACCAAUGAUAUAAUAGGGAAAGAAAAAUAGGUAUACAUAUAAUAACUAGAUUGUAGUUUGUAUAAAUAAACUCAGCUAGCGUCUAGUCUACUUGCAUUAUAAUUCAUAACAUUUCCGUCCGUUGACCCUUUGUAUCUUGUCCAUAUUAAUGGCUCCUUUCCGUAAGCGUAUCCUGUAAUCAAUAUUAUCUAUACAUACCUCCUAUGUAAGACUUACGACGUUAUUACUUGUACUCAUUGAAUUUAUCGUAAAUAAGUAUACUUUAUUAUUAUGAACAUCAUGUUUCAAGUAAAGCGAUCUAUUAAAUCGAAAGUAAAUUAGAAAAUAUAUAAAUUAGAGAUUUUUUCUUUGUUUCGUUCACUUAGGCUUCAGGCUUAGUUUAUAGAACGUCAUUAUUUAAGUAUAUCAUAAAUGAAAUAUAACGUAAUUUGAAAGUGUAUUCUCAGCCUUACAAUACUAAGGAGCCUAGUUUACUAUUGAAUCUAGCUUCUCUGAUCGAAAGUUUAAUAAAGAAUCAAUCGAAUCGAAUUUGACAGCGAUUUUAGUCGAUUUUUUUAAAUCCGGACGUUGAUUUCACUAAAAUAGUAUCAAGUUAGUAUCUGUAGUAGUUGUAUGUCAGAAUAUAAUAGAAUGAGUCAGUAUUGUAGUGCUCAUAUCACGAGUUCCUUACGGUGAUUGAAGCUAGACGACACACAUCAACGGUAUAAAAAGUCUACUGAGCGGACACCACGUGCAACCCAGAGUCCUCUUAAUAUUUUUAUUAUCCACAAAUGUUUUAUGUCGUUAAUCUUAUUAGUUUAGUUAUUAAUGAUAUUAUUUUGAAGUAGAAUGAAUAAUAAUCUUGCAUAAUGUUUUGUUUAAAAGUAUCUAAUUAGUAAUUUUGUUUAAACCUUGCUAUUGUAUCACUAUUGCCUAUUCUAUUUUUAUUAAACUACUUAGUCAUUAGUCUAAAUGCGACAAAAUUAUAUUGAAAUAUAUUUUAUCAAUCUAUCUACGCAUAUUAAAUAACCAAUCCGUUUAAGGAAAUAAAUAAACCAUGACAAUUUAUUACUCAAAUGAAACCAGUUUAACUCGUCGAGUACCGGUUUUACAGACACAAUUAAAGAACAAUAGGUCGCGGUCACCGGUGACCGCUUGGUAUUUGACAGUUUAAAUUAGGGUUCACUUAGCAGAGUUAUUAGUGCAUCAGCAUCACAACUAUUAGAUAAAAGAUAACUGUUUUAUAUCUUAUUUUUAUCAACAUACACUGUUUCUACAACUUAGCCGCUAACCAGUUAAAUGGCCACUAACUUGAAGAUUCAAUAUCUGUUAUUUAUUUACUGUAGGAUAAUGCUCGUAUUUAUGUAGUGAUAAGGGAAAACGUAGGAAUAUAAUAAGAUAAGGUGACCUAAGCCACAUAGGUAGAGAGAAUGUGAUUGCGGAAGCAAAAUGCCGGACCUGUUAUUAUUUAUGGGACUACUACUAUGUACCCACAAUAUACUUCUAUUUACUGGUGCUACUGCACUAAACUUUAUAUGCCAAAACUUGAAUGUUAUGAAACUCACUUUUGUUAACAAAAUCUUAUUAAUUCCUUCUAGCCAACGACGCUAAACACUCCGCCAUCGAUGCUCUGGACAAGGAGUUGUCGAAGGUCUCCCUGGCCGCUGGUGAAGCGCAGGAUGCCGCCAGCAAGGCUCUCGCUGACGGCAAGAAGGUCGUUGACACAACCAAAGGUAGGUGCAUUAGGUUCAAAUUAGAAAUUUGAGAUUUAAUUUGAUUAGUCGAUUUAUGUUGUAUUUUUAGUCGAUUUUUUAAUUUUAAUAUAACAGUAAUUUUUGUUGCGUAUAUUUUUUAUUUAUUUAAACAAGUUUUAGCUACUUUUAUAAGCUGAUUUAUUUUAAAGCUUGUACUUUCCUUUUUAGUUUUAGCUAAGCUAAAUCCCUCUUUUUUUGCUACUUUAUUUCUUUAGACACAUUGGCUACAACAGCAGAGAACACGAAAAAGGCCGCAGAAUCUGCAUACAACACAACUAAAGGUAAGUUAAUGAUGAUGAAUGGAUUACUUCUCAAAACUUCUCUCUGUCUGCAUGCACUAACUUUGCACUGUGGUACACAAAGCACCGCUAAUUAGUUGCAGCGCUACACAUCGACACAACUGUCAUUUACACAGUGUACAUGUGUGCGUAAUUUCAUAUAACUGUAUAUAAAAAUAUUCGUCCACCACGUUCACAUUGGUAUUUUCAUUCUUGUGUCGGUAUACGUAUUUUUAUAAUUUAAUGCAUAGGUAAGGUUAAAACUAUUUACAAUCAUUGAUAUGACCCGACAUUUUCACUGUCAUUAUCGUAGUGCUCGUGGUCGAUUGGUUAAUGACCACGCUUUUAUCGUCUUUCAAGGAUCAAUGAUGUGGGUUCUAUUCCAGCUAAAAGUUAAUUUUAUUUUAUCUUGUUAUUUUUCUUAUUUUUUUUUUUGUUUUUUGUCAUAAAAUAUAAAUAUCAGGCUAUAAAAGAAGCAAAUGAGUUGGUAAAUAAAACAAUACUAUUUUUUAUUACAAUUAAUUUAUUUAUUAUACAAAUAUGUUGUUUUAUAUUCAAUAUUUAUAUCUAAUAAUUAAUUAUAUACCACAUGUUAAGUUUAAAGUUCUUUAAAUCAUAAUUAAUAGAUAUGACAAUAAACCUCAUAGUCGAAUCGGGAAAUAUCAUGCGGUACAGCGGUAAUACGAUGGCAGCAACAUUUUUUAUUAAGUAGGUAAUAAACAAAUAUACAACAUUCUUGUUUUGUAAUUUAAUAAUAUAAUGUAUUAUUAAAUUACAGUUUUACAGUAAUAAACAAGUAAAACAUGUAAAAAAUUACACUGUCAACAUAAUAUUUCUUGAAAUGGGCGACUUUUUGUCGUUUGAACUUCCAUUAAUUAUCUAUUUUACGACGGUUGUUAUAAGGUUCAAUAUUCAGUGGGCUGUAUGAUAGUAAAAAGAAUGUGACGAAUGCUAUGGAACGAUUUUAACUUUCAUGACCUUUAGAAUCAGGGAAACUUUAAAUUAAUUGAAGAUGGGCGUAAAUAUAAUAUGUCAAUCAAGUUCGAAAGCAGUUAAAUAAAUUUGUUAAUGAAAAAUUAAAGUGAAGUGAAUAAACAUGUUGAAUAGAAAGAAAUUAUGACAAUUUCUAACCACAAAACAAUAACAUCACUUCACCGUAUGUUCUAGACAGCAUUUUAAUAUUCUUAAAAAAAUUAAACAUUAUUUUAUGUUAAUUUUAAUAAAGGCAGAGUUUGACAGGCUCAAUAAUUGAUUCCGAAAUCAAUACAAUCACUGAUCCUACAAGGCAGAAGGUUGCAAUUCGUAUACCUUUCUCCAUCUUUUCUUCACAAUAUUUUACGCCCAUCCUUAUCCGACUUGAAAGUCUUUUCGUCGCUCAAUAUGAUUACACUGUUCGCCCAAUCAAAAUUAAUAAAGUCCUUAGCAAAUUCUUAGCGCUUUUGCUGGUGAACCACAGAUAACAAUAUUUUCUUCUCUGGCUUCCUGCACCUUAAACCAGAAUGCAGGUGUCUCCGUACAGUUUGUAUUAAAACAUUCAGUGCUGUCGCUGUAGUGCGGGUUGGCAGGAACGGAUCAGCCAUGUGCCUGGCUACGAUGUCGUAGUGCCGAGCCGAUGAAUUUGCCUUUGGUUUAGGCCCACGUCGACGAUGUUUAACGUCACCGGUCUCCGCAUAUCUGUGCACCCAUAACUGCAUGGAUCUCCUCUGUUGAUACCAAACAAAUAAGUAUUUAAAAUACCAGGAAAUACUUUACAGGAAUUAAAGUUACUUAAAAAUAAUAAUAAAUAUAAGUAAACACAAUGUUAGAAUAAUAAUUUAUAAUUAAGUAGUGGCGUAAGGAAUAAAAAUCCCUAACCAGAUAUGUUUUAAAGAAACACUCCUAACAAAAACAAGUCAAGUUACAAUACAAUUAAUAAUAAAUUAUUAAUAUAUCUUUAUAAUAUUGAACUUCAUAAUAAGUUGCAAUAAUUAUUUUAUUCUAGUGCAAAAAUUGAUAGGUGUGUCGAGUUACAAAAUGAAAUAAAUAUUAUUUAGAAUAUCAACGUAGUAUCUUAUUUACUCACCGAUAUCAUUAAACGCCUUGCUAUUUCAGUUAUUGUUAGUUAUGUUUUGCUCAUGCAAAACAAUGGUUUCAGCCUUUUUAAAUGUUGAUAGGUGUUGGAACAUCUUGUAAAAAUAAAAAUAACUUUGCACACGAAUAUAAGUAGUGUAGCAAUAAACUAUGAAAUCCUCAUAAAUUGACAACUAAGAACGCAAUUAUUUUGUAAGUCGGGUGAUUUGAAAAACAUGUUUUAAAUAGUCGGUAGUUACUUCAUAAGCGUGUAAAAUAAAAUGACUCGAGAUUUCUAUGGUCGCCACAAACAUUGCAAAUAUACUCAGGUAUCGAACCAUUAAGAAAUCACAGUUAAUUACUUUUUUACUGUUUUUAUCUUAUUUAAGUUGGUUGAAAUGCAUGAAGCAAAUGAGAUUAUUCUAAAUAAUAAAUAACUAGAACUAAAAUAUAAAUAAAAGAUAUUAUAGGUAUAAAUAAAUCUAAAGUAUUUACUAUUAAAAUUAACAUAAGAUUUAGAACAAUAGGAAAGGAAAAAAAAGAAAAGAUUUAAUUGUUUCUAAUUUCAAAUUUCAAAUAUUUGAUAAAUUAAUUCUAAAACAACAUGUGAAUGUUGGAAUCGAUCCGGCGGCACUUUACUUGACAAUUGGAGGCGAUAACCAUUGCGCCAAGCGCGCUGUAGAUGAGAUCAUCGAAAUAUUUUAUAUCAUUCAGUAACAUAAAAUUACAAUGAGAAAGCACUAUAUUUAUAUGGGUAUUGUAUAGCUCGAUCGUUCAUUAUUUUUGAUUUCGAUUUAUUCAAAGUUUGUUAUGAGUAAUUUUAUCUUUACCCUCGUUUUUAUUUAAACUUAUUUACUAAAUUAUUGCGUAUACCGACACAAAAAUGAUUUUUAAAUACCAAGAUGUGUGUGAUAGACGAAUGUUUCUAUACAUAUCUAUUGAUAUGAAAUUACCCACACAUGUAUAUUGUGUAAAUGAUAGUUGUGUCGAUGUGUAGCGCCGCUAACUAAUUAGCGGUGCUUUGUGUACGUAUGAGACGAUGAAUGUAAGAACGCGGCUAGACAUAGACAAGCCGUUGACAUCGGCAGACUCGGUGAAAGGUAAACAAACCUUCUUUUCAUCAUGCCUUCUUCGGAAACGGUGGGCGGGAAAUAAUUUUGGGAACGUUUUAUUUUAUCUGUGAACUCUUUGUUCUUUAUUUCUGGCUGGUAUUUCGAAUUAUUUAUUUUCUAUUGGUUUGAGGGAGAAAUACGUUAUGUUUAAUUUUUGUAUCGUAUUUAUUUUUUUGUUGCUAUUUUAUGUUUGUUGUUUUUUUGCAAUUUUUUUUAGAUACAGUUUCAAGCACUGUUCAGAAUACCGUAGAUAUCACACAGAGAGUUGCUCAAUCGGCUAUUGAUACCGGGAAAACAUAUGCCACAACCGCUAGAGGUAGGUUUCAAACGCAAGCGCAGAUAAGCUAUAUUUAUUUUCGUACAAUCUUUACAUGUAUUAUUUUAUUUUUAGAUUCAGUGAAUAGCACUGUAGAGAACACAAAACACGCUGCACAAACAGCUGUAGAUACGGCAAAGACUUAUGUAGAUAGUGCCAAAGGUAUUUUUCCUUUUGUUUUUCUUUUGUGUUUUUUUUUCGUUUGUGACUAAACCCGUGUGUUUUUGCUAAUAACGCUUUAGAUACAGCCCAAAGUACGUUCCAAAUGGCAUACGAUGCAUCUGUUGGUGCUGCCAGCUCAGCUUAUGGCAUGGGCUUAUCCUAUUUAGAGAGCGCCAAAGGUAUUUAUUUGCUAGUUUCUUUUUAUUUUGUUUUGUUUUUCGUUUAUUAAAUGACAAUGAUCUUUUUGUUAUACUUUUUACACAUUUAAAUAAAUACUUAUUUUAAUUUUAUAAUUAUUUUUACGUCAUAGAUACAGUAGCAAGCACAGUAGAUAGCACAAAGAAAACUGCACAAAGUACAAUUGAGACUGGAAAAACCUACGUCGAUUCAGCCAAAGGUAAAUAAAUAUUUACUCGUACGAAGUUUAUCUUUUACACUAUUAUUUUAACAAUAUAAUACGUCCAGCGCGAGAAUGCUGUUAAAACUACUUUCGUUAAUACAAAAAAAGUCUUAUUAACGUUUAGAAAUACCUACCGGUUGAAAACUACUUCAAAUGGUGUUAUUGGUGUUGAAAGGUAAUAUCUAAAUAUACCUAUUUUAUCCUAGUAGUUACAAUAGUUCCAUACUAGAAAUAUCUAGAAAAAGUAGUACCACGUAGGUACGUGAACACACCUACAAUAUUUUUAUUUUAUUAAAGGCCUUGGUUAUUUUAUUUUAAAUUCUCCGCUCCAUUAAUUUAUCCACGUGUUCGCGUUAUUCGCUUGACGUGUCAUAAAUGCAUUGUUAUGACGGAAAUACAUUACCGUGACGUUUCGCGCUCGCGCCACCAAUCAGAUGCAAGUAUUGCUCAACCCACGCGACACCACACGACAUACAAUUAUAUCUUUUCUCUAACCGUAGUCAUCAUCAACAGCCUAUAAGUGCCCACUGCUGAGCAAAGCCUCUUCUCACACGGAGAAGGUUUGAGCAUUACCUAAUCACGCUUGCUCAUUGCGGGUUGGCGAUUUCAAACUUAUAAUUAAAACUAUAACUCCAGGUUUCCUCACAAUGUUUUCCUUCACCGUUUGUCAGUGGUGUCUAAAUAAUCUUAGAAAGUUAUCUGAAAAAGUCACAUUGGUAGCCAGUACCAGUCUCAUGCAUGAGACGCCCGUCCUAACCUCCUGGCCACCACGACAUUCUAACCGUAGUAAAUGUAUGAAACCAAUAUACUUUUGGUGCGGCACGACACGUCCGGUGAUAUAUCUCUGACUUUACGUUGUAGAUAGUGUAGCGAACACAGUCCACACAACUGUAGAUGCUACUAAGAAUGCUGCUGCAGCUGCUGUUGAGAAGGGUACUACUAUGAUUGGCACUGCCAAAGGUAUAGCAUUUUGAUAGUUUAUGGAUCGGCAAACCUUGGAACUAUUGCGCCUUCAUUACUACCUAUUUAGAUCGUAAUGUUUUUUAACAACUGCUUAGACUGGCUUUAUCUGAACUUCAGUGGUACAGUUAAAUUUAGUUCUUAAAUAACUUCCACGCAUUUACAGUCUGAUUGACUCACUUUCCAUCCCUUGUUGAACAUCAGAAAAGUUAGUCGAGAAAGUUUUUUGCAAGCAAUUUUUAUUUCAAAGUUUGCCGAUUCCCGCGUUACUUCAUUAUAAAUGCUGACUAGCAUUAUAAAGUCGCAUUUUAUUUAUUGUAGAAACCGUAGCAAGCACUAUUAGCACCACUGUAGACACAACUAAAAAUGUAGCCGCCGCUGCCGUAGACAAGGGUACCACGCUCAUUGGUAGUGGUACAGCUAAAGGUAGAGUCAUAAUUAUAUUAUUUUCAUUCAUUCUCAUUAAGUAUUUGGCCAAUCUCUUUAGUCCUGUAAAUUCUUAUAAUUAAACACUGGUAAGAUUAUCCAGUUUAAAAAAAUCAUUCGUUUAAAAUCCAUGAUUCAUUGUCGAUAAAUAGUUACCGGAGCUUAGUACCAACAAAUGGCUAAAUCCAUCACUGUUUCCAAACAACGUAAAUUACCUGUUUCAUAAUAAUAUCCACCAUAUCAGUUUCCUAAUGUAUCAAAUAUAACUUUGUUAUGUGAUUUUUAUUAAUUUUCCUUGUUUACGUUAGAUACGGUGGCCAGCACUGUAGAUACAUCUAAAAGCGUUGCAGCUGCUGCAGUAGAUAAGAGUACUUCAUUAUUUGGCACAGCUAAAGGUAGAUUGCACAAUUUUGAGGUUUAUUAUUUUUUUGUUGGGACUCCAUGUUUAUUUUAUUUUAUUUUGCAAUAUAGAUACCGUAGCAAGCACAGCACAGAACACAGUAGACUCUACUAAGAACGCUGCAGCAUCAGCUGUAGACCAAAGCACAACAUUCAUUGGCGCAGCCAAAGGUAGUUCACUUCUGUAGUUAAAUAUUAAAAUCAUUUAUGUUUACUACUUUGGCUAAUUUUAUUUAUUUAUAUGUAGACACAGUAGCAAGCACGGUAAACGCGACAGUAGACACAACUAAGAAUGUAGCGGCAGCCGCUGUGGAGAAAGGCACUGCUGCGUUUGGCACUGCUAAAGGUAGAAACACACUAUUUUCUCAUACACUUCAUGAAUUCACUUUAGUUUGAUGCUAAUAUUUGUCCAUUCUCGUAGACACGGUAGCCAACACAGUUCAAGCCACAGUAGAUACCACUAAAAACGUAGCAGCUGCUGCUGUUGAGAAGGGCACGACUGCAAUUGGCACUGCUAAAGGUAGUCCAUACUUUUGUUAACAUACCACAUAUUUGAUAGUUCACUUUGUAUUGUAGCUAAUAUUUGUUUUUCCACUAAUGUAGACACAGUAGCAAACACAGUUCAUGCGACAGUUGACACAACUAAGAAUGUAGCCGCAGCCGUUGUUGAGAAAGGCACAACCGCGAUCGGCACCGCUAAAGGUAGUUAAAAACAUUUGUACACAUUCAUUCCGUUUGAUGUUCGCUUUGUAUCGUAGCUAAUAUUUGUCCAUUCUUGUAGACACAGUAGCGAACACAGUUCAUGCUACAGUCGACACCACUAAAAAUGUCGCUGCGGCCGCUUUUGAGAAAGGGACUACCGCGAUUGGCACAGCUAAAGGUACUUAGCAGUUAGCACUAGAUUUGUGUUUUCAUUUUUAUAUUGUAGCUAAUACAUCAAUAUUUAUUUUUGCACUCCUGUAGACACAGUAGCGAACACUGUUCAUGCAACAGUAGAUACCUCUAAAAACGUAGCCGCAGCCGUUGUUGAAAAAGGCACAACCGCUAUUGGCACCGCUAAAGGUAGUUAAACAUUUUAGAACAAAAUUAUAUACACUUACUUAAUGUUUGCUUUGUGAUGUAGCUAAUGUGUGGUAUUAUCCAUUUAUGUAGACACGGUAGCAAGCACAGUACACGCGACAGUAGACACGACGAAAAACGUAGCCGCAGCCGUUGUUGAAAAAGGCACAACCGCUAUUGGCACCGCUAAAGGUAGUUAAACAUUUUAGAACAAAAUUAUAUACACUUACUUAAUGAUUGCUUUGUGAUGUAGCUAAUGUGUGGUGUUGUCCAUUUGUGUAGACACGGUAGCAAGCACAGUACACGCGACAGUAGACACGACUAAAAAUGUUGCUGCAGCUGUUGUUGAGAAAGGCACAACCGCAAUUGGCACCGCUAAAGGUAUACCAAUUAGCAAAUAUUUUCAUGCUAUCAUUUUCUUUAUGUUCGCUUUGUAUUGUAGCUAAUAUGUACACUUGUUUGUUAUCCAUUCAUGUAGACACAGUAGCGAACACAGUUCAUGCGACAGUAGACACCACUAAGAAUGUAGCCGCAGCCGUUGUUGAAAAAGGCACACAUGCAAUUGGCACCGCCAAAGGUAGCUUUUUAUCAGUCAUUAAUUCUUUUAAUUUUGUACUAAUUUAAGGUAACUCAAUAUGUUGAUACAUCAUUAAUUCGUUACACAAUGCUACCUACAUAAGUAUCUACAAUAGAAAAGUCAUUAUCCUUAUUAAUUUGCACCACAUUUGUGCUAAUUUUUAACUUUUCGUUUUCAUUAGAAACUGUAGCAAAUACUGUACAUUCUACGAUAGACACAACUAAAGAUGUCGCCGCUGCAGCUGUUGAGAAAGGUUCAUCCAUUAUUGGUAGUGCAAGAGGUAGUGUGAAAUAGUUUAAUGCUUUUUUAUUUUUGUAAUCUAUUGUUUUUAUUUUAUGUUUUGUUUUAUUUUUUGUUUGUAUUAUUUUUAGACACAGUAGCAAGCACAGUACAUAGUACGGUAGACACGACAAAAAAUGUCGCUGCUUCAGCAGUUGAGAAAGGUUCAUCUUUAAUAGGAACUGCCAAAGGUAUCAAAGCUAGAUAAAAAUAUUUUCAAGAAAUAAUUUUGCGUAUGUUUUCAUUUAUUAUAUUUAUCGAGGGACAUAUUUUUAUAGAUACCGUAGCUCAUACUCUUGAUACAACGAAACAAGCGGCAGCUUCUGCAGUAGACACAGGAGUUUCAUACGCUGCUAGUGCUAAAGGUAGUUAGAAUUUCAAAGACAUUUUGUUACUUUUAUUAAUUUUCCUUUUUUAUUUUUUUUUUUUCUUUUCUUCCGUAGACACGCUAACAAACACUGUUCAUAGCACUGUAGAUACUACGAAAAGUUUGGCUUCAUCGGCUGUAGAUAAGGGAGCAUCAUUUGUUGGAGGUGCUAAAGGUAUUUGUGACCUACAAAGCAAUAAUUAAACUCGUUCUAUUUGAUAUUUAAAACACAUUUGUUUUAUAGACACAGUAGCACAUACGUUUGACUCUACAAAACAAGCGGCCGCUUCUGCGGUAGACACAGGUGUGUCGUACGCCACCAGUGCUAAAGGUAGUCAGUCACGCAAUAGUAAUUUCAAUUAGGUUUUUUUUUCAUUUUACUUUACACUCUUUUUUUCUUUUGUAGACACACUUGCCAAUACAGUACAUAGCACAGUAGAUGCCACGAAAAAUGUUGCUUCAUCAGCAGUAGAUAAAAGCGCGGCUUUUGUAGGCAGUGCUAAAGGUUUGUAGGGAGUGCUAAGCUUUUAAUUAGAUUUUUUUAUUUCCGCAUUUUUUAUUUAUUUUAUUAUUUUCACAUCGUAGAUUCGUUGGCAAGCACAGUAGACUCAGCUAAGAAUGUAGCAUCUGGUGCUGUAGACACAAGCGUAUCGUUUCUAGGAAAUGCCAAAGGUAUUGUUUUAGGAUUUUUACUUACAUUAUAUAAUUUUUAAACUGGCAACACAUUAUUUAAUUACUCGAUAUUUAUGACGCAUAUUCAUUAGUUACUUUUUAAAGUUAUUAGCAUAUUAUUGGCUGAGAUAAUAAUGAAUAAUGAGUAUCUACACCUACGUUGGCUUGCGUGGCGCGGAGUUUGAAUUCUGGGUUUAUUUUUUUUUCUUUAUUAUUUUACACAAAGUAUUUUAUGUUGCUUUGUAGAUACAGUAUCAAGCACUGUACUGAGCACUGUUGACACAACAAAGAAUGCAGCAUCUUCAGUUUUUGAUAAAGGAGUGAAUAUGGUUGGAGGUGCCAAAGGUAUAGACGACAUGAUCAUUUCGAUAAAAAAAAAACAAUAAAGAAAAUUCUCCCUCAUUUUGUUUUUAAUCGUUUUUGUAUCCAUUUGUUUUUUUUUGGUAGUUGCAUGAUUUAGUUUGUACGUAACUAUGCUUUUUUCUUUACCUUUUUAAAUUUUUCUUUUUCUUUUCUGCUAACUUUCUUUAGAGACUGUAGCGCACUCGCUCUUUAACGUAGCUGAGACGGGGGCGGACAAAACUGAGACUGGCUUAGAAUCAGUUGAAGGUAACUAAACUUUUUAAUAACUUCAUUUUCCUUUUCGCUUAUCUUUUACUAAUGGUGUGUGGUAAUCUGUAGUCAUUUAGUACCUAAUUAGAAAUUUAACGGAUGGUUUUCCAAAUGUGUGUUUUCUUUCAGAUUGUGUUUUAAUUACGUUAAUACCUACUAUCAUUUUAUCAUGUUCUAUAAGUGUAAAGUGAAAAAUGACAAUAUACCUACUUUUGUUUUUCAAAAUGCAAACACAUGUAACGUGUUUUUUCUUUACUGCUUAUUGUGUUUCAUUUUUUCAUGCGUCACUUUUCAUCUAUGUUUUGACCUACAGAUACAAACACAUUCGUAGUUAAUUUUGAUCUCAUAGCGCUUCUAAUACUAUAAUACGCAAGAAUGAAAAGUACCUGAGAUCGAGUACUAUUUUCAUAACUGACUGGAUUUUCCUAACAAACUGGAAUUCGUAAAUCAAAAAUGUGUAUUGACUCAGGUAAAUUGUUUGUAGGUUUAAUUCAAAACAACUUCAAAGGGCCCAAAGAUGCGUUCGGAGUUUGUCAAAAGCGCGUUGAAGAUACAACCGGUACAUAGAGUGUAGUGUGACUAGUAACAAAAAAUAAUAACUUACCAUUAAAUAGCUAAUUUAAUCAUUUGUGUGUUUAGAGUGAUUAAUUAACUUAUUUUAUUUGUUUUAAUCUUAUAAGUCCACAUCGGUAAAUGAUUGACGGAUAAAAUAGUCUAUAUGUAGUUUUAUUUUUGAAUGGUACUUUUGUAGGGUUGCCAGUUAAGAAAACCUACCUAAUAUCUAGAUAGGUAUUGGAACCACUAUGUUCCAAUGCACUACCAUAAACGAUCCAAAAACAUUACUCACUCUAGUUAAGUACGAGUACGUAUAAUUAAAAUUAGCAAUUUACAAACAUCUUACGUUAAUUUCCAUAUUACCUGUAUGAAUUAGUAAUUUUAUCGAUGUGGACACCGCCAUUAAUUAUUUAACAUAAAUAAAAAUCUUGUUUAAUGAAUCCCAUUAAAAAAAUGUAAUGACUAGGACUAGUCACAUAUACAGCAUAAUAUUUAAUUCCAUAAACAUCUAUGUACGUAAUGAUAUUUUUAAAUGACGUCAUCUAAGUAGGUAUUUUAAUAUUGCAAGGACUGUGAAUGUCAUGUACAUACAUAAUACAUACCUAUUGUUACUUAAAAAUUACGAUGCGAUAUCGAGAAAAAAAAUCUGACUGAUUUGUUCCAAAUUUAAAUAUAUUGUCGUUUGAAACCUAUGACGGGUAAUACUAUAAAAAUAAUGGAGUAAAUAUUGUAAUAAUGUUUUUUUAUUAAGGAAGGUCUAGGUUUAGUGUGAUCAAGCCGGUUUUCAAAAUUAGCAUAAAUUAAAAUAUCAAAAAAUAUUCCUUUAUUAAACAAUGAUGUUUUUUCUCAGAUACGAUCAACACCACGGUGGACGCGACUAAGAAGGCAGCUGAGGACGCCAAGGCUCAGGCCGCGAAGGCCGCUGAGGAUGCCAAGGAGAAGGCCAGACUCGCUGCCAAGGCUGCCGAAGAUGAGGCCAAGCGUGUUGCUAGUAAGUCCUACUUCAGAUAUUUAAACAUAACAUAACAUCACGCCUUUUAUCCCCGAAGGGGUAGGCAGAGGUGCACAUUAUGCCACUGUACAAUGUAACACCCACUUUUCACUAUUUAUGUUACGAAUCCCAUGUAAUAGGGGGUGAGCCUAUUGCCAUAUACCGGAUACAAUUCCAGACUCCGUGCUACUACUGAGAAUUUUUUUAAAACCCAGUAAUACUUUGCCCGACCCGGGAAUCGAACCAGAGCCCCCGUGCCCGACAGUCGCACUUUGCGACCACUCGGCCAACGAGGCAGUCAUAUUUGAAAAUGUUACUAAAAUGGCUGAUAGAGAAAAAAUAAGCUAGAAACAUAAAGUUACCUAAAACUUAAAGAUCCUUCUUAUUUAUUUUUCUAUUUAGGAAUGCUACUUUAGAACGAGCAAAUAGGUUCACUUAAAGGUCCAAAAGAUAGAAGAGAAAGUUUUAUUAUUUUAUUGUUCGAUUAACAAAGUUGAUUUAACAUUGACUAUAAAAUAAUGAGUUCGUAAAAAAUUUCCAUAACAUGUUUGUGUAGGUAGGUUGGUUUAGUAGUCGGAAGUAAAACUGCUGAUAAUUAUUUGGAUGAGCAGCAAAUUGCAGUCACAAAAUUAUUAAAAAAAACUACUUCAAUUUUUUAUCUGCAUUAACUUUCAAUGCUCGGUAGAGUACAGUCAAGUCACUGUUAAAACACAAUUUCAGACGCAGCCAUAGAGGAAUCUAAGAAGGCUGCUGAGAAAGCGGCUGCAGAUGCCAGCAACGCCAUCAACAGCACAGUAGACAACACUCUCAAGAGGGUGGAAAAUGCUGCUGACGAGGGCAUCAAGAACGCCGGCUCUGUCGUCGACUCCAAGAUCAAGGACGCUGACAAAUACCUCAACGAGAAGAGGGACAAUGUAUGUAUUUUAGUAAUCACAAAAUACAGAAUUAAAACAAAAACAUUUAGGUGCAUACUUAACAGUUAUUGUGGAUACUGAAUCGAAAAAUAUAUUGGUUUUAAACAUAAAAAUUUCAGUAAAAAUAGACCAAGUAUUUUAAAAUAAAUGGUCUUGUGUACCAUAUUACUAUAUUUAAUUGGUGCAUUCUUUCGUUGUACCUAUCUUCCAAACAUAUAUUAAAGACAAAAGAAGAAGAGAUAUUAAACCGUUUUUAACUUUUCCAGCUUCUGACGAACCUGUCGUCCGCUGUCAACGAAGCAUCAACAGGCGCCUCCGGUCUCUUGAGCAAGGGCCUGACCGCCUUCCCCAAGUAGAUGUCCAUCACGCCUAUACCAUCAUCGCUACCUUCAAGUGUGGAGUGGAAACAUAACAGGAUUCAAUUAUUAUGUAACUUUAAGGCCUAAACUAUCUUGAAUGUCUAUGGAGUGUAUUGUAAAAACAAUACAAAUAAAUAUAAAAGUUGGAUUUUAAAGUAUCUUCUGACUUGGCUGUUAUGGUCAAGAACAGGUUGACAGUUCAUGUUAUACAAAACUUGUUAUUUUUCCUAUCUACACACAUUUCGAAUAGUCGUAUCACAUUUUGUUUAUAAACAUGCACAUUGUUCGUAAGUUUUGUUUUAAUUAAUAGUACAAUAUUGUAUAGUUUUUUAGUUAGUAAGUUUUACUAACAUAAAUGUUCAGUGACAUUGUUAAGAACAAAAUAAAAUAUUGUAUUAAUUACCUAACGAUACUUUAACGACUAUGCAUUAUAUUCUUUGCAAAUUUAUUAUUAAAAUUAUGUUUAAAAAUAUGAAUUUGCAUUAAAUAUUUUAUAUUUAAGUCACAAAAUUGCAAUCUCAUGUAUACUCGUCUAUAUUAUUUGUUAAGGUAAUAUUAAGUUAUUGUAAGAUCAUUUUAUAUUUUGCAUUUGAAAUGCAUUUCGCAUACACUUGUCUCGAAUUUCUAUGCUUGGCUUAAAACCGUCCAUGAUAGCCUUUUACAAAUUAAAAUAAGAAAUAAAAUUCAUUGUUCCUACAAUAGUACCUACCUUACCAACACACAGGCACUUUUGCGUACAUUUAUUAAUAGUGAUAACGCUUACGAAGCCUAAAUAUAUUAAUAUGAUAUCUGUUAUUUACACUACUGCUUAGCAGUCUAUUUUAUGAUACGAAUAUACGGAUGUUAAAAUAUAGUAGAUAUUUAUUAUACAAAACAGUCAUAUUUUUGAAAUGGCGCUUAAAAUUGUUGCUUGUAUGUGUUUAUCUGUUAAAAUCAAUUUUAAUCAAAUUAUUAUUGUUCAUCGAGAUAUUCUUAUUUUCUAUACCUGUUAAAUUAUCAUACUAUGUGUUGUUCAAUAAAUACAUGCGAUCCAUAAUUCGAGUUCAUUAUUUUAUAAAUUCCUAGCUUUACCUACACAAUGGAAUAUUUUUAAUAUUAAGGUCUACAUCACUAUGUAUUAUGAUGGAAAAAUAUAAUAA